ACCUAAGUUACCUUGCUAAUAAAAAUCCAGCCACAAUGACUUCAAAUGAAUUCGACUCGAGGCUACCAUCCAUGUCGUUAUCUUCAAAAUCGGAAGGCACGCUUCUCACCAGGCGGAUGUACAAGAACCCCGCGCUUCACGAGCGCUGCACCAUGCUGGACAUGCUGAAGCUGCGUGACAUCUUCCACUCCGCCCACAUGGGCCGGCUGCUGCCCACCGAGUUCAGGGAAGUGCUCAGGGAUGUGCUCAAUGCAGAAUACGAUGAGGAGGAGUUUAAAUUACUGUUUUUAAAAAUAAACGCGGCCCGCACCGGCGAGAUCGACUGGGACGAGCUGGUGUCGCACCUGCUGCUGGGCUACUUCACCAGCGACGGGGACGGUGGCGGCCUGCAGCCCCCCAUCGCCGGCCUGCCCCGGGUGCUGCGCUCGCGGCACCGGCACGCCGUGGCUAGGGUGCUGUUCUGCCCGGAUGUUGGGAAGGACCGCAGCACCGACCCGAUGCUGGGUUCAUACGUGACCGCCAGCCGCGACGGCGUGAUCAACUGGUGGUCUCUGAACAUGAAACUACUGAGGAGUGCGCAGUCCACUUGCCCGCACCUGAAGGUGCAGACCACGUGGGUGACGGACGUGGCGUGUCUGCCCGACGUGGACGUGCUGGUCACCAGCUCCACGGAGCGAGACCUGCGCUUCUACGACUGCACCGCCGGCACGUUCACGCUCAAGAUCGUCAUCACUAGCUGGGAUUAUAUGAUCUGCACCCUGCACUACAGCUUCUCCGCAGACGUGUCUUCAGACUGCAUGCUCGUGUGCGGCGACGCCGGCGGCCACGUGCGCGUGCUGCGGUUCUGUCCCGAGGGGAGAGGGCCGUUCAGGAACCGGCCGGGACGCGCGCUGGUUACUGUGAGACAUCGGGAACUGCAGAAGAAGAAUACACCAAUCCCAGAGUUCCGCCUGGUAGAGUUCCUCAACCUGCACUCGGACUGGGUGCGGCAGGUGGCGGUCUACCGCGCGCUGAGCUGCCUCGUGUCGUGCGCCACCUGCCCCGAGGCGCUGCUGCUGAGCGACCUGCAUGGGAAGACCAGGACCGUGUUCCGGGUCGACAGGGGCAUACACUGCUUCACGUUCGACGAGGACCGGCACAUGCUGGUGACGGGCGGGCCGGACUGCUGCGUGCGCGUGUGGAGCGCCUUCGUCCCCGCCCGCCCCAGCCUCGUGCUGGCUGGCCACCACGCCGCCGUCACCACUGUGGUGCUGCAGGACCACUGCAGCAAGAUCUACUCGCUCGCCACUGAUAGGGUGAUCAAAGUGUGGGAUGUGCAGGCGCAGGUUUGCUUGCAGACGUACAUAGACAUCCCGGCGCUGCUGGGCGAGCGGACGCCCAUCUCGGCGGUGUACCACGACGGCACGCGCGACCUGGUGCUGGCGGCCGUGAGCCUCGCCGUCAUCACGCUCGACGAGAAGCUCAACCCUGAGCAUACGGACGGGUUUACGCACUCCCGUGCAGUUUCCAAGGUGUUAUACAAUCCGCUCUUCAAAGUGAUCAUUACUUGUUCACAUGAAAGCGUCAUUAUAUGCUGGGACCCACUUACUGGCAAGCGCAACGCCACAGUCCGCAACGCGCACACGCACGCUGUGCACGGCGAGGAGGUGCCCGUGGAGGUGACCGCCGCCUGCUUCGACCACGGCUACCAGCUGCUGCUCACCGGCGCCAGGAAUGGCACCCUCAAGGUGUGGAACUUCAACACCGGCGUCUGUCUGAGGAACAUGAGCAUCGAACACAUGUGUGAGGUGACCGCUGUCUUCUGGGUAGAAGGACGGAUCCUGGCAGUGGGCUGGAACCGGCACGUGACUGAGUUCGAGGACUGCGGCGCGGCGGCGGCGGGCAAGGCGUGGGAGCUGCGGCACGAGGACGACGUGCUGUGCGGGGCCGCGCGUCCGCCCGCCGCGCUCGCCACCGCUAGUUACUCCUCGGAGCUCGUGCUGUGGAAGCUUGAUACUGGACAGCCUUAUAGACGGUAUUUGUGCUCGGACCCGACGCUCCGCAUCAAGAUGCACUACAGCAAGAAGGACCUGAGCCGGCCCUCCAGCUGAUGGGCUUCCGCGCCUGGUGAGCGCUCUGCUAGUACCUAUUACCGGCCAAUCUGUAUUCAAAAGUCGAAGAUCGACAUGGCCGCCGCCAUAGCGAAGGCGAAGGCGCGGCGGUUGUCGGGCGCGGCGCCCCUCCCGCCGGCGCGCCACAUGCGCCCGCUCGCCGCGCACGCCAUGACCUUCCUGCAGACCAGGGAGUGCGCCGUGGACGUGGCUUCUCUGAUGGUGUCGAUAGAGAACGGCGAAGUGCAGUGCUGGUCCGAUCAUCCCGCCGGCGGAUUCAAGGAAUCAUUUCAGGCGGUGCACAUAGCGGGUGACUACGUGUCGGCGCUGACGACCGACGCGGCCGACGACUACCUGUUCUGCGGCACCACCGCCGGCUACGUCAAGGUGUGGCUCAUGAAGAACUUCCUACGAGGGGAAGAGCCAGUCCACAUCAACAUGCCGGCGCUCCGGCUGGAGUUCCCGUUCCUGUGGCGCGACCGCGUGGAGGGUCGCGCCAAGCGCCGCGUCCGCGACCAGCCGUUGCCGCUGCUGCUGAAUAGUUACCGGGCGCAUCUCCGGUGUAUAACCUCCAUGGCUUACGUGGACGAGCAUAAGCUGCUUUAUACCGGCAGCGCAGACUACAGCGUGCGGGUGUGGCGGCUGUCGGGCGAGUACCUGGGCACGCUGGGCGGCCUGGUGCCCUGGUCGCUGGACGAGACUCGUGUGCCGCCCGACGUGAGGAAGGUCGCCAGCUCUACCACGCUCAAGGUAUGGCAACACGGCGAGGUGUCCCGCUACACUCCCGGUCAAGUGGAAGAAGACAAGCUGCGAGACAUCACGGAGCUAGAACUCCGGACCAAGACCUACGGCACGGCGCCCGCCGAGCCCGUGCUGGGGGCCCACUACCGCCUGCCGCCGCGUCCGGAGCCGCAGCCCAGGAUAGUGCUGAAUGAUGAGCUGCCUACUAUCCCGAUCUACUGCCACCUACGCAUGGCCUCAACCCAGCCGAUCAAGCGGCCGCCCACGCCGCCGCUAGUGAAGGAGACUCGACUUAAACGCGUCACAAUAAAGAAGACACACUUCCAGAGACCAUCGCAGGUGGCUCGGACCAGUGAGCCGAGGCCCGAGUUGGGCGACCAGUCGCGCGACCGGUCGUCCAACGAUCGCGGCUCGCAGGCGCUACAGGAGAGCUCGAGGAAGCUACAGUCGACCGCGUCCAGUCGACGCGGCGUCAAUUAUGAUGAUUGAGUAUAAAAUAACAGUCAAUUAAUGAAUGGGAUGUAGCCACUGACCUACAUGCAACCUCUGGAAGUAAAUACCGUAUUUCUAGAUAUGGUAGAUGGCG